UGCUGCUUCCAACAACAAGCAGAAGCCAGCAACAUGGCCGACCUAGGAAAGAAGUAUUGCGUAAACUGCCUUGCAGACGUUACGAAUCUGCGGCUUCGCUGUACUGACUGCCCAGAUAUCGAACUAUGUCCGGAGUGCUUCUCCGCGGGUGCAGAAAUCGGUAAUCACCGGCGAUGGCACGGUUAUCAGCAAGUCGACGGCGGGCGCUUCACCCUCUGGGGUCCCGAAGCGGAGGGAGGAUGGACUAGCAGGGAAGAGCAGUCGCUACUCGAUGCGAUCGAGCAAUAUGGCUUUGGAAACUGGGAGGACAUGGCCACUCAUGUAGGGGCGUCUCGGACCCCCCAGGAGGUCAUGGACCACUACGUCAGCAUGUACAUCCAUGGCAACCUGGGCAAGGCCUGCAUCCCCGACAGCAUCCCCAACCGGGUGACGGACCACACCUGCACCAGUGGCGGCCCCCUGUCCCCCAGCCUCACCAUCCCCCUGCCUCCCCUGGACGUGACCCUGGCCGAGCAGCAGCAGCUGGGCUACAUGCCACUCCGCGACGACUACGAGAUGGAGUACGACCAGGAGGCGGAGAAGCUCAUCAGCGGCCUGUCGGUCAACUACGACGAUGAAGACGUGGAGAUCGAGAUGAAGCGCGCGCAUGUGGACAUGUACGUGCGCAAGCUCCGCGAGCGCCAGCGCCGCAAGAAUGUGGCCCGUGACUACAACCUGGUUCCCGUCUUCCUAGGCCGCGACAAGAAGGAGAAGCCGGGCACGCUGGGAGUUGUAGGUGGUGGUAGUGGCGUCGUCGGAGCGGUGGGGAGCCUUCCGACGCCAACUGCUCCCGUGGUGACACCGGGAGCUCCAGCCGGCCCGACAGUUCCCAAGCGUAAGAUCCCCAAGGAGGAGAAGGAGCAGCGGCUCAAGUUGCGGGGGAUGUGCCAGUUCAUGGCUCAGCGGGAGUUUGAGGACUUGUUUGACAACAUGCACAAGGAGCGCGUGCUGCGGGCCAAAGUACGAGAGCUGCAGCGCUACCGCCGCAACGGCAUCACACGACUGGACGAGUCGGCCGAAUACGAGUCGGCGCGGCACAAACGGGAGAAACGCAAGGAGAACAAGAGCGUAGCUACCUCGAAAACGGGCCGGGGCGGAGGGCUCAGUACAGGAGGAGGAGGGCUUGGCGGAGGGACAGGAGGUGGCGGAGCGGGCGGUGGUGUCAUCAAAGAGGAGGGCAAGGAUGGCGAGUUCCCGGCCAUAGAGAACCUGGCGGGCUUCGAGCUGCUGUCGGACCGGGAGAAGGUGCUGUGCAACUCGCUCAACCUCAGCCCCACGCGCUACCUGACCGUCAAGACAAUCAUCAUCAAGGACCACCUGCAGAAGAGCCAGGGCAUCCCCUCCAAGAGCCGCCUGCCCAGCUACCUAGACAAGGUGCUCAAGAAACGCAUUCUCAGCUUCCUCACAGAGAGCGGCUGGAUAUCCCGGGACGCAUCCUAACCAUCCAUUGGGUUUGUAGGGACUGGGACGCGUCCUAACAAUGUGUGUAUGGAGUUUGUGGGGACUAAGGAUUGUAGAGGGACGAUGACUCUGUUCUCCGUUGGAUUGUUGCGUCUCUGUGUCUUGUUAUAAACAAUGUGAGAUGUGCAAGUCCCUAAGCACCAGAUGGACCAAGCUACUGAAUUUUACCACCUUUUGUCAAGUUCUGACCCAAGUCGUCGACCACAGGACUGUUUGUGAAUAUGUACAUUGCAAAGGAUUUCCCCUUUCUUAAAAAAAAAGUUUGGAUACCAUUUACAGGAGAGCGUGGAACAAAUAUAUAUUUUUGCAUUUGAAUCCCUAUGAAUGAUAAUGUAUUCGUAUGGGUAGAUUAUACAUUAUCGUUAUUGCAGUGAAUGAUCGCCUAAAACUACUGGGCAAACCAGACAACACUGUUUUUCAAAGCUGUUCUCAAAGUAUAAAUCGUUGUGUAGUUUGCCUCCAGCUUCCUUUUAGCCUGGUCCCAGAUCAGUUGGUGCCAUCUUGCCAACUCCUAUGGUCAUUGGCAAGACGACACAAACAGAUCUGGGACCAGGCUAGCUUUCUUUAGGUUAGGAUGUUGUUUUGGAGAGCACAGGUUAGUGCCUAUUCAAACAGCAAUACAGUCACACUGUGUUGGAAAGCAGGGGGUAUCAUCAUAUUCUUACCAUGAAGUGAUGGCCUGCAAAGAAUACAGGGGUCAGUAUUUGCCAGCUGACGCUUUCAUAAAGCACUGUGGUAAUCCCCAUUAUGAUAGCCUUGUGGUGUGUCAGCCUCAGAAUGUGGCACUGUGAGGGGCAGGGGACAUAGCCUAACUCCACCCACUGCACGUUUUCUGAUUCUAGUAGGCUAUUCACUCUACUGGACUUUAUGUUGACCUUUCCAAUAUUGCGAGCAAGAAGAAAAGAAAACGCUUUAAAUAUUGGCAUUAACCAACGACAUGCUAUCCUAAAGCACAAAUCACAAAAUUGCAUAUCUCUUUAAGUUUUUUCACCACCCCAUUUUAUCACUGGUUAAAAGUUUGCCUGCCCCUUGUUUGGGUGUUGUGGCGUUAACUGUGUCGGCCUGCCAGACUGUUUUUAGCCUCAAUGUGUGGUGCAUUAUGACCCGUUGCUUGGCGUUUUGUUUGCCAGUGUUCCAUCUAUUCAAAGGGAGUGAAGUCAUAUUCACAUUUUUUUGAAGACCUGCUUCAUUUUCUCCAUCUAUCUUCCUGGUUCAUUGUUUGUUUACAGUCACAGCAUUCAUAUAGGCUAGUGCAGUGGUUCUCAAAGUGGGGUUUGUGAAACUGAAUGGGGGAAAAAUACAUUUUUUGUUGAUGUUUAGAACCACUGGGUUAGUGUACACACAUGGCCUUGCAAGCACAAUAUCAAAGGGCUGAAAUAUUCUGGUACAAGAGGAAAGGACAACUGCCACAGAAAAGCACUGUUGGUAUUGGACAUCGAUGUUUUCCAUUAUGUAAAAUGUGUUUGUUCCAAGCACAGGUGCUUUAAAAUGUCCCCUGGUACCUUCUCUCUCUGAUGUCCAGUUAGCCUGUUUAAAAUGGAGAAGGUGAACUUCAGUAGGGAUGUGGGUUGGUUGUAUAGAAACAGUAUUGGAGUAUUACAUUGGACACUGUGAAAUAAUGUAACGAUUGCAUACGUAUAGGCCUUGAUAUUAGCAUUCCAUCAUAGUACAUUUACAAUGCUACAGGGGAAAUAAAAACGCUAUAUUUUUCUUCUCCAUAAGUUUCAGAGUAUCUAAAACCUGACACUGACAAGGCCCCUUGGUUCUCCCAUCACCUACUUGAAGAUGUAGAUUUUUGUCCCAUCAACCGGCGUAGUUUACAAUCAAAGACUACAUAUCUCCUUAUCUGGUUGAAGGCUAAAAAACAACUGUUCAAGGGUGUUAGUAUGUUCUGUAUUAAAAGUGAAAAUACUU